AUGGAUACGAUUACCCUAUGGAAACUAGCAUUAGGAGAUCCAGAAAUUAGCAAGACAUUUGGAGGCGUCUAUCCAUCGGAUUUAUUACCCGAAAAAAUCGGAAAAAAGAAAGGAUUUAUAUUUAUCAACUCUCUCUCUCUACCUCUNGAGAAUGCAAUAAACAAAAUUCUAGGAGAUAUAUCUCUUGCGGUAGUAUUAGGUAGUGGGUGGGUAAUUUACAAAUUAGAUUAUAUUGAUAUUCAUAGAGCGACGUAUAAUGCAUAUAAUGGGGAUUGUGGUUCUAUAAUUUUACCAAAACGUUUAGUAAAUAAAAAAUGUAUUUUAAAUAUUCGAUGUAAUGAUAAUAAAUGUUAUGUGUAUUGCAUUCUCGCGAGUAUUUUCCCAUUGGUAAAUAAUAAAAAUAAUAUAUCUAGCUAUAAAAAAUAUUUAAAAUUUAUUAAUUGUUCGAAUUUAAAAUAUCCGGUUUCGUUGGACCAAAUAUAUGUUUUUGAGAAAUCAAAUAGUAUUUCCAUUAAUAUAUAUGGUUAUAAAGAUAUUGUUUUUCCGUAUUAUAUAAGUAAGUUUAAAUUCGGUAAAAUUGCGAAUUUACUAUUAUACAAAAAUCAUUAUUUUUUAAUUCGAAAUUUCAACAGACUUUUACACGAAAAACAAAAGUCUCUUUAUUACUAUUGUAAAAAUUGUUUAAACGGUUUUCAACGCGAAUCGAGUUUAAAUUUACAUAGAGAAAUAUGUACAAAUUUCAAAUUUCAAAGACUAUCGGUACCUACAGUCGAAAAUUCCAUUCUUAAAUUUAACGAAUUUCAUAAGAUGCUUAAGCAUCCUGUUGUCGUUUAUUGCGACUUCGAAUGUUUAACAGAAACAGUUUCUAACGCGAUGCAAUCAACAGAUACUAGCUUUAGUACCGUUACGCAAAUUCAUAAACCGAUUUGUUAUGCGAUGGUCGUAUUAGAUAAAAACGAAACAAUUAUC